AAAACUCUCAAAGGAAACCAAACAUGGUGGAGACACGUGGAAGCUGACACCACUACAAAAACGAAGAAAUCUCUGAAAAACCUAACCCAACCCUCCGUAUAUUUCUCCAUUUCUACUUCUCAUCUCAUCACCACUUCACUAGAUCUACAUCUUCUUCAUCUCACCUUCCCGAUCAUUUCCAGAGACAGAGAGAUUAGCUUUUGAAGAUGGUUUCUGAAGCCAGCAAGAAGAAGGCUGCACAGAAGAAGGCCGCCGCUGCCGCAAAGAGAGGAGCCAAAGUACCUGCUUCCGCUGCUUCAUCGAAAACCGCGUCGGAUAAGGCGGUGGACAGUGUUUCCAACGGAAUUGGGGAGAUUCAGAUAUCUGAUCGGACAUGCACCGGUGUCCUAUGUUCUCAUCCUCUUUCUAGGGAUAUUCGGGUUAGUUACUAAUUGAUUAUCGCGCCACUGAUUACUUUAAUUAAUUUUGAUUAAUUUAUCUUUAAUUGAUUCUUAUUAUUACGGUGUUUUGAUUUAGUUCAGCGAGAGAUGCUAGUUCUUUGUAGAGUUCAAUAAAAGUGAUUAAUUAAUGUAAUUCUGAACUGGAACACUAAAAUAAUUAUUAACAGAUUUGAUUUGGAAGAAUGUAAGAAACUGAUUUCUGAAUAGUGAAACAAUAGUAAAAUAAUUGUUAUUUUGAAGUUUGAUCCCUAUGCAUUUUGCUCUGUUUAAGUUUAGUUUGAACCGUUCUGAUUACUGAUUAUUAUGACUUAAAUUAUGGCAUGGAAAAAUAAGUGAAAAUGUUUACAUCAAAAACAAUUUUUGUUUUAGGUCCAACUAGUUUAAGUUUGGUUUGAUUAUUUUUUGCCUAAUGGCUUUUCUAGAAAAUUCCUGUCUUGGUUUCAAUUGAAAAUGUUCUGGCUUACUUUUGUGUUCAAUAUUCAUUAUCAUAUACGGGUAUAUUGCAUUGUAACUCCGGAAAAAGGAGAGAAAGUGAUAAUCUACCCAGAACCUUCGUUAACUAUUAAUCCAUAUUUUUGGAAACUGGAGUAGACAUUCUCCAUUUAGAAUCAGAUAGUCAGUAGUCUUACAUCUAAAUUGUUGUAGCUAGCGUGGGGUGCCCGCGUGUAUUUGAAUACCUAGUCAAGCAGUUGGGCCGGUAGCAAUGGCAUUCUACCAUGUAGCCCAAGUCAAAAUCUCAAUUCUCCUUUGUGAAUGUACCUAUUAUGAAUCUUCAGAGAUAGAAUCUCUAUCAGUUACUUUCCAUGGACAUGAUCUUAUAGUUGAUUCUGAGUUGGAGCUAAAUUAUGGAAGACGUUAUGGUUUGCUUGGAUUGAAUGGUUGUGGAAAAUCUACCCUACUUACAGCAAUAGGUCUCCGUGAGCUUCCUAUUCCAGACCACAUGGAUAUUUAUCACCUUAGCCGGGAAAUUGAAGCCUCUGACAUGUCUGCAUUGGAGGCUGUCAUUAGCUGUGAUGAGGAAAGGUUGAAGUUGGAGAAAGAAGCUGAAAUUCUGGGAGCACAAGAUGAUGGCGGUGGUGAAGCACUUGAACGAGUUUAUGAACGAUUGGAAGCUAUGGAUGCAUCAACUGCAGAAAAGCGUGCUGCUGAAAUUUUAUUUGGUCUUGGUUUCAACAAGCAGAUGCAGGCAAAGAAGACACGCGAUUUUUCUGGUGGUUGGAGAAUGAGGAUUGCUUUAGCACGUGCCCUGUUUAUGAACCCAACCAUUCUUCUACUUGAUGAACCAACUAAUCACCUUGAUUUGGAAGCAUGUGUGUGGCUCGAGGAGAAUUUGAAGAAGUUUGACCGUAUUCUGGUUGUAAUUUCACACUCACAGGAUUUCCUUAAUGGUGUCUGCACAAAUAUCAUCCAUAUGCAAACCAAAAAGCUGAAGUUCUAUACCGGUAAUUAUGAUCAAUAUGUCCAGACACGUGCUGAACUGGAAGAGAAUCAGAUGAAGCAGUAUAGAUGGGAGCAGGAGCAGAUUGCCUCAAUGAAGGAAUACAUUGCACGUUUUGGCCAUGGAUCAGCAAAACUAGCUCGCCAAGCUCAGAGUAAAGAGAAAACUCUUGCAAAAAUGGAGCGUGGUGGACUUACAGAGAAGGUGGUAAGAGACAAAAUUUUAGUUUUCCGCUUUGUUGAUGUGGGGAAACUUCCCCCACCUGUCCUCCAGUUUGUGGAGGUGACAUUUGGUUACACUCCUGAGAAUCUCAUCUACAAGAACAUCGACUUUGGGGUCGAUUUAGACUCGAGGAUUGCUUUGGUUGGACCCAAUGGAGCUGGGAAGAGCACAUUCCUGAAACUUAUGACAGGUGAUUUGGUUCCCUUAGAUGGCAUGGUUCGUCGCCAUAAUCACCUUCGUAUUGCACAGUUUCACCAACACUUGACUGAAAAGCUGGACUUGGAACUGUCUGCUCUCCAAUUUAUGAUUAAAGAAUACCCUGGAAAUGAGGAAGAGAGGAUGAGAGCAGCUAUUGGAAAGUUCGGUUUAUCGGGUAAAGCGCAGGUGAUGCCUAUGAGAAAUUUAUCCGAUGGACAAAGGAGCCGUGUGAUCUUUGCAUGGUUAGCCUACAGACAGCCUCACUUGCUACUAUUAGAUGAGCCAACUAAUCAUUUAGAUAUCGAGACAAUCGACUCGUUAGCCGAGGCAUUGAAUGAAUGGGAUGGUGGCAUGGUGCUUGUUAGUCAUGAUUUUAGGCUCAUAAAUCAGGUGGCUCAUGAGAUAUGGGUGUGUGCUGAUCAAACAGUGACCAGAUGGGAGGGUGACAUUAUGGAUUUCAAGCAGCAUCUAAAGGCAAAGGCAGGUUUAGCUGAUUGAAAAUAUGUAUCUUUGAUGCUUGGUUUUAUAUUCCAUUGUAGCUUGCUGUUGCUACUUGAAGUUGAUUUCUCUCAUGGUGAUUAUAGUCAAAUUAUUAUAUGGCUGAGAAUCGGAAUCAUGGGCUUAAUUUAUUUAUUUUGAGCUCAGAAAUCUUUCACCUAUGUAAUGCACAACAAUAUUCCAGCAUAUCAAUGUCUAAGAAUUUACUACUUUUGGUUUAUAGUUUUUUUUUUUUUUUUUUUUUUAACAACUACAGUAUGUAUGACUUGUUACUGUAUUUGAUAUCAAUGCAUAAUCCACUAUUAUAAUAGUA